CCCAAGUAGAAAAGUCUUGCUGGCAUCAUGCAUGCUCUGCACCAGAUUCUGCUUUUUCAUGUUCUGACAUGUCUCGGACGAAACGCACAUGGAAGUGUAAUCAUACACGGGAAAAAAGCCCCGGAGAAUUCAAUGCUGUAUAUGGCCUCGGUGCAGAACUCCUCCAAACAUCAUGUAUGUGGAGGAUUCCUCAUCCGUGAAAACUUUGUGCUCACUGCUGCACACUGUGAUGAUGAAAAACCAACAAGUGUGGUUCUUGGCACCCACGAUCUCACAAAGGCUGAUGACUCAAUGAGGUACAGCAUAACGAAAUUCAAGUAUCCGCACUAUGAGAAUGUCUCAAAUGGGAAUGACCUCAUGCUCCUCAAACUGUGUAGGAGCAUUGGACUGAACGACAGAGUACAACAAAUUCCACUUCCCAAAGAUGAAAAGAACAUGACAGAAAACGUAGAGUGCAGUGUAGCUGGAUGGGGUUAUACUGAAACUAGUACAUUUAGAACAGUUGAUGAGCUGAGAGUGGUGACUGUGUCCAUCAUUAACCAGGACGUCUGUAAGAAGACAUGGGUUGGUCUUCCUGCCAAAGUGAUCUGUGCAGGUGGAUAUAAAACAAAGAAAGGAUUCUGUCAGGGUGAUUCUGGCGGUCCUCUGGUGUGCGGCGGCGAGGCUGUUGGUGUCGUGUCUUUCAAUCACAAGAGCAACUGUAAUUACCCACAUUUUCCCAACAUCUACAUGGACAUAUCAAAAUACCUUGUCUGGAUCAAUAAAACUCUCGAAGAGAAUAGUUAAAUGUAACAAUUCAGCAUGCUUUUAUUGUUAUAUAUUGUACUAGCUCAUUGGCUUUAGAACAACAUUCUACUUCCUGUUGCUGCCUUUAAAUCUUGUCUUAAAACUCACUUUUCCAGAAUUCUUAACAACUGACAUACUUUCUUUAUUAUCAUGAGCUGGCUUUUUCUUUUUUCUUUUUUUUUUUAUUGAUCCAAAGCAUCCUGACAUGUAUCAUGUACUCAUGCAUAUGAGUAAAAAGCUUUAAAAAAGUUUUACUUUAGCAUACAUUUAUUGUACUAUGGAGGUUUUGUGGUGUCUCAGAUUGCUCUGUAAGUACGACGACAAUUCAAAAUAAAUGUUUAUUUCAAAUA